AUAAUAUAUAGUUGUAUUUAGUUAAAUUAAAAUGGGUUUAGAUAUUGUUGCAUUCCGUGCCGAUAAAGGUGGAAAUCCAGAUCUUAUUCGUCAAUCACAAAAAGCUAGAUAUGCCAAUGUCGAUGCUGUUCAAGAAGUUAUUGAUUUAGAUAAAACUGUCAAAGAAACCAAUUAUAAAUUAUCUCAAGCAAAUGGUGAAUAUGCUAAAUUAAAUAAAGCUGUUGCCAUGAAAAAGAAAGCUGGUGAAAACGCUGACGAAUUAAUUGCUCAAGCUGAAGCUCUCGAUAAAGAUAUUUCACAAUUAAAAACUGAUGCUACUGAACUCGAACUUGCAUUAAGAAAGAAAUUAAAACCAAUUGGUAAUAUUGUUCACGAAUCAGUUCCAAUUGAUAACAAUGAAGAUAACAACCAAAUUGUCAAACAAUGGGGUGAAUGCAAAACAUCAGAAGGUUUAUUACAUCAUCACGAAUUAUUAGAAAUGAUUGACGGUUACGAUCCAGAAAGAGGUAGCCAAGUUGGUGGUCACAGAUGUUAUUUCUUAAAAGGUAUUGGUGUUCUUUUAAAUCAAGCCAUCAUCAAUUUUGCCUUAACUUAUUUAACUAAAAAAGGUUACACUGCUCUCCAAACUCCAUUCUUUAUGAAAAAAGAAAUUAUGGCCGAAACUGCCCAAUUAGAACAAUUCGAUGAAGAACUUUACAAAGUUGUUGGUGGUGCUGCUGGUGAAGAAAACGAAAAAUAUUUAAUUGCUACCUCUGAACAACCAAUUUCAGCUUUCCAUCGUGGUGAAUGGCUCGACGAAAAAGAGCUUCCAAAAAGAUAUGUUGGUUACUCAACUUGUUUCAGAAAAGAAGCUGGUAGCUCAGGUCGUGAUACUUGGGGUAUUUUCAGAGUUCAUCAAUUUGAAAAAAUUGAACAAUUCUGUGUCACCGAACCAGAAAAGUCAUGGGAUAUGAUGGAAGAAAUGAUUUCAAACUCUGAACAAUUCUACCAAGAACUCGGUAUUCCAUAUCGUGUUGUUAACAUUGUUUCAGGUGCCCUCAAUAAUGCCGCCUCAAAGAAAUACGAUCUUGAAGGUUGGUUCCCAGGUUACAAUACUUACAGAGAAUUAGUUUCAUGUUCAAAUUGUACUGAUUACCAAUCACGUGAUUUAGAAAUCCGUUGUGGUAUGAAAAAACAAGGUCAACAACAAAAGAAAUACGUCCAUAUGUUAAAUUCAACUCUUGCUGCCACUACUCGUGUUAUCUGUUGUAUUCUUGAAAAUUAUCAAACUGAAGGUGGUAUUACUGUCCCAGAACCACUUAGACCAUUUUUAGGCAAAGACUUUAUUCCAUUCGUCAAAUCAAAACCAAAGCAAAAGAAAUAAAGAUCUAAAAAUCCCAAAAUAAAUAAUAACUAAUAUAAUCUUUAAAUU